CAUAUGAGUCUAAUUUUUCUGCCAAACUUGCAGGGACCCUCUGGAUAUCAGCUAAUUUCCAGUUCAUUUAGUUAGCUAGAUCAUCAUUUCAACAACUAUGUUGUGGAUUUUUCUACUGCAGCUCAUCAACAGUGUGAGAGGUUUAUCUGGAGCGGACCAUGAGACUCUGUGCAUGUCUAACACCUGCUUCACCAUACAUAUGGACAAGGUGAGCUUUGCGAUGGCCCAAGAGAACUGUGUGCACAACGGAGGUAAUCUGAUGACGAUCAGAGACACAGAAGAAGAAAAUGUGCUGCGUUCGCUUCUCUCACAGAUCAAAGAACAACGUCGGGACAAGGUGCUGGAAUUUUGGAUUGGAUUAAAACUGAACAGAGGGAAGUGUGUGUUGGCUGACAAGACUCUCAGGGGCUUCAUGUGGGCAUCUGGGGAGGAAGAUUCCCAGUACUCCAACUGGGGAGAAGAACCUGUCUCCACCUGCACAGAGAGAUGUGUGAGGGUUAGCUACAUGGUGGGUCAGAAUCAACUGAAGUGGACAGCUGGAGCUUGCAAAAGCCUGAGUUUCUAUGCAUGUAAGUUUUACUUUAAGGGAAUGUGCAAACCUUUGACUCUGAUGGGCUCUGGGGAACUAAACUACACAGUGCCCUUCUCACAAAGGCCAGAAAGAAGUGACCUGAAAAUAUUUCCACUGGGAACAUAUGCUUUUAUUAUCUGCAGUGACAAACAGCUUCACUACUCUGUGUGUGAGGGGUCUCGAUGGACAGUCCCUGGUCCAUUUUGCAAAAAAGGAGAGCAGAAUUGCGCAAUCAAUAAUGGCGGAUGCAAAGAUUCAUGCCAUCAAGAUGGAGGGGAAGUUGAAUGUUUUUGCAAAGAAGGUUAUGACCUAGAUGAGGAUGGACUCUCUUGCAGGAUAAAAGACCUGUGCAGGGUCGCUACAUGUGAGCAUCAGUGUGUGAUGGAGGAGUCUGGAUAUUCCUGCAAAUGUCCACAUGGGUUCAAACUGGAUGAAAACCAGCGCAACUGCUUUGACAUUGAUGAGUGUCAGUCACAAGCCUGUGGGGAUCAUUUGUGUGUAAAUACACUGGGAAGCUUCACAUGUGAGUGUAAAGACGGCUAUGAAAUGGUUGAUGGUGAAUGCAUUGAUGUGGAUGAGUGCGUACAGUCAAGAUGUGAGCACGGCUGCUUGAACAAUAUUGGAUCGUUUUCCUGUUACUGCAAUCAAGGUUUUACUUUAUCCCAGGAUGGCCACUCUUGUGUAGACAUAAAUGAAUGUAUCAGUAGUCCCUGCCACUACAUGUGCAUCAACACUGCAGGCAGCUUCUCCUGCUCAUGCCCAGGGGGCUUCCAUCUGGAGACUGAUGGAUGGGCCUGCGCUCCAGAUGGGUCCGAAACAUCGGCUGCUCCAUCAGAUGACCCAGCUGAUGAGGGAACACAUGAGAACUUCACCCGGUCCUUGACGAGAACCCCAGUGGAGCUCCAGCACCAGUCCCCUCAUACCGACUCACCACUUCCAGACCUGGGGAACGUUACACACAGCGGCCAGCAGAGCAACGUGUCCCUGCCGCCAAGCUGGGUCAAGAACUUCAACUCAAGACUCAUAGUCUGUGUCCUCGGCUCAGUCAUCCCUCUGGUCCUGCUCGUCACAGUGACAUUAGCUGUUGUAAUUUUUCGAUGCAGUCGCUCCAAAAAAGAAGCCAAGAACAAAACAACAACAGACGGUUACUGUUGGGUGUCAUCGGGCCUAGAUCCACGUCUAGAGAAACUAUACGAGUCCAUCUCCACUGAUGACCUAUGA